CACAUACUGCCCGCCUGAUCAGAGGAGAGUGAAAUUAAUUAGCAGACCAUUCUAGCACAAAACAGACGCCCCUAGUCUGGAAGAGACAACAUGCUGGAUCAGAUUCACUUGCUGGCUGCUGUGACAGUCCUGGGAGUCCUGGAGCAAGCUUACUUCUCCCUCCAGGUGAUCUAUGCCAGACGGGCGUACGGGAUCUCUCCUCCAAAAGUCUCAGGGCCACCUGAUUUUGAGAGGGUCUUUCGAGCACAGGUGAAUUGCUCUGAGUAUUUCCCCAUUUUCUUGGCUAUUCUCUGGCAGGCUGGCCUAUUCUUCCAUCAAGGUCUGACUGCUGCCUUGGGCCUGCUGUAUCUCUACUCCCGCUACCAGUAUUUUAUAGGGUAUAAGGAGUCCUCCUCGGGAAGGUUAGCCCCAAUGUAUUUCAGCGCUGGAGUUCUCUGGAUUCUUAUCGGACUCGCAGCAGUUGGGAUCUUGCAUUUCUUGCUCUCUCACUAUGUGGGGAUUAAUAUCCUUCUGUUCAGUAGCUUGUGAAAGGAGCGUCUCCUUGGACAACACCCUCCC